AUGGAAGUGUACAAAAAAAAUGCUGUUGUUGCUGGUUGGGGCCAAUUAGUCUUCGGUGGUGAAGUCAGUAACGUUCUCCAAGAAGUGACAAUACCAAUAUGGGAACAUGACCAGUGCGUUGCAGCUUUUUCACAACCAAUUUUCAAAACAAAUCUUUGUGCUGCAUCGUUCGAAGGGGGCAGAGACUCCUGUUUGGGCGAUUCUGGUGGUCCGCUGUUAGUUCAAAGACAAGACGGAAAAUGGACUAAUGUUGGAGUAGUGUCUUGGGGCAUUAGUUGUGGAGAAGUCGGAUACCCCGGCGUUUACACUAAAGUCACUUCAUACCUCAAAUGGAUAGCUGUGAACGCACAGGAUGUCAUUUAA